UCUGAAAUGUUUUAACAUUGUAAACUGCUGCAUGAAAUUGAAGAACUAGUUUGCAUGAACUGAUUGCUAUGAAUGCAUUGUCAGAUCAUACCGCAGUCUGUUUGCUCUAGAUAUGGACUUGCUAUUGGUGCUACUGUGGCCCCCAUGGUUCGCAUACUAGUCUGGAUCUGUUUUCCAGUUGCAUAUCCAAUAAGCAAGUUAUUAGACUUGCUGCUUGGUGACGGGCAUAGAGCUCUGUUUCGUCGGGCUGAAUUGAAAACCCUAGUUAAUUUGCAUGGCAAUGAGGCAGGUAAAGGUGGAGAACUGACACAUGAUGAGACAACAAUUAUUGCAGGGGCACUUGAACUCUCUGCGAAAACAGCUAGUGAUGCCAUGACUCCAAUAUCCGAAACUUUCACAAUUGAUAUAAAUGCAAAGCUUGACAGGUUCUUGAUGAAUCUAAUUUUGGAGAAAGGACAUAGCAGAGUGCCAGUCUACUACGAGCAACCUACAAACAUUAUUGGACUUAUUCUGGUUAAGAACUUGUUAACGAUCCAUCCAGAAGAUGAAGUCCCUGUGAAGAGUGUUACAAUCCGUAGAAUUCCAAGGGUUCCAGAAACUAUGCCAUUAUAUGACAUCUUGAAUGAAUUCCAGAAGGGUCACAGCCACAUGGCUGUUGUUGUAAGGCACUCCAACAACGCCACACAACAGCCAGCUAGCACAGAUCCUGUAGACAAUACGGUCAAGGAUGUGAGAGUAGACAUUGAUGGUGAAAAGCCCAAGGAGAAGAGUAUAAAGACCAAAAGACAGCUGAAGAAAUGGAAGAGUUUACCAAAUAAUGGAAAUGAUUCCCUCAAAGGUACACCUAGGAGCAAGAAGUGGACAAAAAACAUGUAUGCAGAAAUCCUACAAAUAGAUGAAAAUCCUCUACCAACUCUCCAUGAAGAGGAAGCAGUUGGAAUAAUAACCAUGGAAGAUGUCAUUGAAGAGCUUCUACAGGAGGAAAUCUUUGACGAGACUGAUCAUCACGUUGAAGAUUUAUGAUAUUGGUUCGUUGAUGCCUAUUGUAUUUAUGUUAUUGCAAAAAUAUAGAUGUAAAUGCCAGUAAAUUAUGCUACAGUGGUGUUAGAAAGAAUUUUGAUGUUGCCUUCGUAAAAAGUUGUAGCAGGACAGGACAUUUUAACGUGGUCGAAGAAACAUGGCCAUUAGUUGUUUGAGAGGAAAAUAUUGUUUCUACAUCCAUGUUGACAUUUUCUGUUGCUAGCCAAUAUGUCCAGGAUAUGACGCCAACUACCAUCACUUUUUAGAGCAUGUUUGUCUGAAGUUAAAAUGUUUAUCAUAAGAAAUGUAAUUUAUCUUAUUGGGGUUGA